CUCUGCGCGGGGCUACGGCGCCAUCAUGCGGGAGAACGGCACGGCGACUGAGCCGGGGCUCAGAGCCCCGCCGGGUGCGCCAGCCCCGCGGCACUGCGACAUGGCGGCCGCCGCCCGACUCUUCGUCUGUUUGCUGGCGGCCCCGUGCGCGGGCUUCGCGCUCUCCUCCGUGGCGGCGGCGGUCCCCAGGCUCCGCACUCGCAGGACGGCGGGGCCCGGAGAUGGCAUGAAUGUCCUUUUUAUAGUUGUGGAUGACCUGCGUCCUGUUUUGGGUUGUUAUGGAGAUAACCUUGUGAAAUCUCCUAACAUUGAUCAACUUGCUUCUCAUAGUAUUGUCUUCAGCAAUGCAUAUGCACAGCAAGCUGUGUGUGCACCAAGUAGAGUGUCAUUCCUUACUGGACGCAGACCUGAUACUACCCGGCUGUAUGACUUCUACUCCUACUGGAGAGUGCAUUCAGGAAACUAUUCCACAAUGCCCCAGUAUUUCAAAGAGAAUGGCUACGUGACCAUGUCUGUGGGGAAAGUUUUUCAUCCUGGAGUUUCAUCCAAUUACAGCGAUGACUAUCCAUACAGCUGGUCCAUUCCACCCUUUCAUCCUUCUACUGAAAAAUAUGAAAAUGAUAAGACCUGCAGGGGAAAAGAUGGAAGACUUUAUGCUAACUUGGUGUGCCCAGUAGAUGUGACAGAAAUGCCUGGUGGUACUCUGCCUGAUAUUCAAACCACUGAAGAAGCCAUACGCUUACUGAACGUUAUGAAAACCAAGAAGCAAAAAUUCUUCCUGGCUGUUGGUUACCAUAAGCCACACAUCCCUUUGAGGUAUCCACAGGAAUUUCUGAAGUUGUACCCCCUGGAAAACAUCACAUUAGCCCCAGAUCCCUGGGUGCCUGAGAAACUACCUCCUGUGGCGUACAACCCCUGGAUGGAUAUCAGACAGAGGGAUGAUGUGAAAGCAUUAAAUGUUACUUUCCCUUAUGGGCCACUUCCAGAUGACUUCCAGAGGCUGAUUCGUCAGAGCUACUAUGCAGCAGUUUCUUACCUGGAUAUGCAGGUCGGCCUGCUCUUGAAUGCUUUAGAUGAUGUAGGACUCUCAAAUAGCACAAUAGUAGUUUUUACUGCUGAUCAUGGAUGGUCCCUAGGAGAGCAUGGUGAAUGGGCAAAAUACAGCAAUUUUGACGUUGCUACCCAAGUGCCGCUGAUGUUUUAUGUACCAGGAAUGACGACUUCCUCUGCUAGCCAAGGAGAGAGAGUCUUCCCCUACCUUGAUCCCUUUAGCAAUAUUUUAGGCUUGGUACCACAAGGACAAAGCAAAAAAAUGGUAGAGCUUGUCUCUCUCUUUUCAACGCUUGCUGAACUUGCUGGCCUGCAGGUUCCUCCUGCGUGCCCAAGGACUUCAUUUCAUGUUGCACUGUGCACUGAGGGGGCAAGCAUUGUCCGGUAUUUUAAGUCCUCUGAACAGAAGGUACAGAAGGAGGAGGAUGGUUGUAAUGACACUAACAGGUGUAACAGUGAAGAACCUGUUGCUUUCAGCCAGUAUCCCCGGCCUGCAGACACUCCACAGUGGGACUCUGACAAGCCGAAGCUAAAAGACAUCAGAAUCAUGGGCUAUUCCAUGCGUACAGUUGACUGCAGAUACACUGUAUGGGUUCGGUUUAAUCCUGAGAACUUUAGCGCUGACUUUGAGGAUGUCCAUGCAGGAGAGCUGUAUAUGAUGGAGACUGAUCCAAACCAGGAUAAUAACAUCUAUAACAAUACCUUGCAUGGUCAUCUUUUCAAAAAAAUUGUUGACUUCCUGAAGCAUUAGGCAUCAGGAACUUUGUGUGGAUCUCUUGCUUUUUUUGCUAUGACACCUUUCUGAUGUGCAGAAAGCACGUGGACUAAAUUAAAAUCCUGUUUGUAUAAAAACACCAGCUAAUGCUUUUCUCAUGUUACAACUCUUACUAGUCAGUGAAAUUAUUUCUGCAGUUGUGUUGUAUGCUUGUUUUAAAACACUUUUGAAAAGAUUACAUGCAGACCUGUACUGUGAAACAACUUUGUGAUCUUCAGUGUAGUAGUGACUGAAGAAACAUUCGUCACCUGUGCUGAAGCUGCUGUGGAAUGUGGAAAAAGAGGAACUUUUCUACUUGAAAGGCUAUGCAGAGAACGUGUCCUGGUAAACAGGUUCUAUUCACUUCACCCUGAGGCUUGGAGCCAGAGUUAUCAAGGGGACAUUUGGUAGCAGUGAGGAACUGAGGUGUCUGCUGUCAUCAGCCUGGAGUAGAACUGACUAGAACUUCAAGGGAAAUCUUAUGUGUUUCAUUCAAAAAUGUUAAACUUUUAUUUUGAGAGGAAUUACUGGGAGAUUACUCCUCCUUAACCUAUGGGAGGGGGCCUGAAUUUUCAUAACAUAUGUGAAUGAUUUCAUUACUUAAAUGCUGAAGAAGACUGAGGGGUUAAUGUAACACCACAGUACUCUCCUGUAGUUUUUAGUGAGGAUCUGUCCAAUGAGGUCCCACAGGUGAGAGCAGAUAGAAACCUUUAGCUGUUGUAGCUUGCUGGCAUCUAUUUGUAGAACUGCUUGGCACACCUGUGAGUUGUCAUGUCCUAUCACUUCUUAUCUGCAGUGAUAGAUACUUGGAUAUUUGUUUUCUAAAAUGCGAAGUGGGGUUUGGCAGUUUAUUUAGAAUCAUAGAACCAGGUUGGAAAGACCUUAAAGAUCAUUGAGUCCAAUC